AUGGAGCAUUUUGUGGACUGGAAACGUCAACAUAGCUACGCUAAGACACCACUUGUGUACCGUAAUGACGAGUCUGUAGAGUGUGCUCACCCGCCGCCGCUAUUGAUGCAAAAGCCGGUAGCUGCCUGGGCACUAGGAGGCCUUGGUGUACUGUUUCUUUUGGUGGUAGGUCUAGUGGUCCGAGGUGGCACUAUGCACGGCGUUCUGAGUGUGACUCACUUGACUGCAAAGACAAACACGUGGAUGGAAAUGUUACCCACUGACGUUGAAAAGGCAUUGCUUGAGGUAAUGAACCUAGGCCGGCCGCUGAUAGGCGAUUUAGCAGUUGCUGUGACGAAGACGAAAAUGAAGUUGUUUCAAAUGGCAGGAGCAUUAUGCAUGAAGGAGUCAAGCUUCGUAAUCAUUCUUGAUUCUGAUUCGGAUGAUGAAGAAUGCAUCGCCGGAUGGGCUUACAUUGAACGUUGCUGA